GGUGACAGCGAACUGGCUAUGUAACCGGCUUAAUGGCUACACUUGAUCCACAGCGGGACUGCAUCAUGCAUACACUAGGAUUUUUUUUCUAGACUAAUGUUUGCUGAAAUUAGUUCUACGUCCACGGAUCCAGUGCGACAGGUCAUACAAUAAUAAACAGCUGAAGACUUCACAGUGAAUGUGUCGGGCAAGCAAUAAGGUCGGUCGAUAUGGCAUGAUGUUCAGAUGUCAGUAGGCUCGUACGGCUGCCAAACGGGAGAAGAGCUGUGCCCUCGCAAUAUAAAUCAAAACACUCAAGAGAGCCAUCGACUUCAGAAUAAUUUUGCCGCUCAGAAAUACAAUUACUUAAGCAACGAUCCGAAGGCAAGCACGUCGGAGAGGGAGUCAUUCUGAUUCGGACCAAGACGGGAACCACAAGGCAGAAGUGGGGAGGACACACAUCAAUUUGUCUUGCAUGACGCACGUUCUGAUUUCUUGCAGAUAUCCAGAACACGGAAUAAGGCAACAAAACACAAUAAUAAUGUGGAACAAUUCUCGACGUGUGGGCUACAACCAGGACCAAACACACUGAUCUCCCCUUGAUCCGACCGACCGGGCCGCAGAACGGGACGCCGCACCACCCAAAUACACAGAAGCCACCAGGCCUCUGCUGGUUAUGAGCAGGGGGUUGGGAGGGAGGUGUGGGGAGUUAACAAACAUACCACCCACAGCUUUAUCGUAGCCCUCUCUUUCCUGAUGAUUUCCUGAUCUAUUUCAUUAACAGUGACCGUAACCACUAGCAAGUCCAUUUUCAUUCCCCAAAUAGCCCCAAAACUAGCCUACUCAUAACAAAUACAACAUUUGACUACAUACUGCAUUAGCAUAACACUAGCAUAGCGUUACCACGAGCAUAACAUAACUAGGAUAACAUUACUAAAAUUCCGUAAUAGUGUUCUAUUGACAGUACUUACAUGCUGCCACGCAUUCUAAUGAUAUACCUAUCAAUACCUUCAAACAUCCAGCAGCAAAUGAUAAUCGGAAACUGCUACCAUAGCUUUGAGAGUACACUGCAUAGAUCAGUCAUUCAACCUUUCCCACUUGUCAAGUGGUUUGAAGGCAGUGGUGAAGUACCUGUUGAGACACACACACAUUCAUUGACACACACACACACUCGGGGACCAUGCUGAGCAUCCUGGCUGCUGGCUCCAUCUUCUUCCCGGGCCUGUUCCUGCUGUCUAAGAGAUGCCUGAAACACACCCCAGGCCUGGCUCUGAGCGAGGGAGAUGCCACCAUCGUGUCUGCCAGGCUGGUGUCAUCCAUCCAAGCCAUCAUGGCUUCCUUAGCUGGCUACAUCAUCGCAUCCUCCUGUGAGGACAUCAUCGAGGAUCAACACUGGCUUACCAGUACCUACAUCCUGUUUGCGGUGCCCUACUUUGCGUACGACAUCUACGCCAUGUUCCUGUGCUACUGGCACAAGCUGCAGGUCAAAGGGCACGAGGAAGAGGAGAGCGGCAGGCCAAAGCCAAUGGGCUCGGAAGUGGCCAGCUACCUGCGCAGAGAGUUCCUCAUGGUGCUGCACCACGUCGUCAUGGUGACCAUCUGCUUCCCCGUCUCCGUGUUCUGGAGGCAGGGAAAGGGCGAUUACUUCCAGGGUGUCAUGUUUAUGGCUGAACUCAGCACUCCGUCCGUCUGCUUGGGGAAAAUCCUCAUCCGGUACAAGAAGCAGCACACUCUUCUUCAUAAAGUGAAUGGCGCUCUCAUGCUGGUCACUUUCUUCGUCUGUCGAGUUCUGCUCUUCCCCUACCUCUACUACGCCUACAGCAGGUAUGCCUCCAUCCCCCUCUACACAGUGCCCCUUGUGGCUCCCUGGCAGUGCAACGUGGGGGCCUUCUGCCUGAUGGCCCCACAGGUCUACUGGUUCACCCUCAUCUGCAGGGGUGCCUUCCGCCUCUUCACCGGGGCCUCACGCUCCCGGCCCCCGGCCACCCUCAACAAGCCUGAUAGGGGAUGCUGCCCUGGCCAGGGAGCCCCAUUACCUCCCCCGGCCAACGGCUACAGUCCCGUCCCCCACAAGGCAGACAGAGAGACCGACACACACUGAGAAAGAAAAGAAAGAGGGAGGGAAAGAUGGAGAGGAAGAAGGAUCACUGUGGGGACGGGGCCAGCCAGACCAGGCCCGGGAAGACUGAGGUCUGUCAAGGGAAUCUAUUGUACUGUAUUGCAAUGACACCUAGGAGAGAGAAGAGAGGGAGAGAGAAUUUGUUUCUCAUCCUCUACCACUCUCUCCCUCCCUCCUUCUAUUUCUCCUUUAGUUACAUGGACCUCUGGAAGAAGAGAGAGGCAGAUUGAAAGGGGAGAGGGUAAAAAAAGAAAGAAACGAAUAAGGGAGAAAGAUAGAAGUAUAGACAGGAGAAAGACUUGGCAAGUAUUUAAAUAUUACGUGUCUGUACACACUGAUUUCAAACUGAAUGGGGAUAAAUGAAUGGAUUGAAAAGCAAAAGGAUGAUCGGGUGAGAACACAUUGAAGAGCAAUAGUGAUAGAGGGAAGCAGAGACGAAUAGCCUAAGCAUGAGCUGAGUUUGACUGAGUUAAAGGGAUAGAUAAAAAAAGUAUUCUUCUCUUGAAAGAGAAAUGCAACUGCUGUUCUAGAUUAGGGAAGGAUACAAAUUAAUAUAUCAUAAUGUAUGGAAAUUAUGUAGUAAAUUAUGAUUUGGUGACCAGUUGAUUUUGGUGACUGCAAAAAGAGGGAUGAAGACAAUACCAAUAUUUCAACUUGUGAUCCUGGUACUGUAUUAGUUGUCCAUCAAGAUGAUGAGUGGGUCUUGUCUUGGGAAAGGACAGAGGAACACGCACCGGCGCCUCUGGUAAUUGCUUCGUUCUGCCUUCUCUCCACUCUGAAAUUCUCUCUCGCUCCCUUUUCUCCUGUUAGAAAACUAAUGUGGGAGGAGAGGAAGGGGAUUUACCCCAAAAUGUGACAAGUUUAUACUAGUAGACGAGUAGAUGUCAUUUUAGGUUUUUAUAUUGCUCUCAUUCAAAGCAUUUAUUUAUUUAUUAAUGUUGAUUUUGAUGUAUUGUGACUUAGUAUUGGUAGCACAUUGUUAUUACUCCUGCCAUCUGUUGUACUCACUCCCCACUUCAAUCAAAAGAGGAGAGAAAGAGAGACGGAAUGUUGGCGAGAUUAAUAGAGGGAGAGAGAGAAGGGGGGGGGGGGGGAGUAGUAUACUCAAAUGGGACAAUGAUGCAGCUGUGCUGUCCCAGUCACCCACCCAAGUUGAGUAAUGCUGGCAGGCAGUCUUCAGUACACGACUGGGUGGGUCUGUGCAGUUUACCAGCGCUUUACCAUGCCUGGAGAGGUGUUUAAUGUCUCAGAAACCCCAUCAACAUGAUAUAAUGAUCAGGAACACUGCUAUCAUCGCCAUGGUUCUGUUAUGUUAGGGAAGGCUGUCCUGCAGGCUAAACGGGGCAACCACAUUUUAGAACCUACAGGCGUUCUAGAGUCUGCGGAUGUAAGGGAUUCCUAGAUGAUCUAAAGCAGGAUUAUGAAGGAUUUAGAUAGAGUAAGUUGUUGCAGUGUGUUCGUCCGUAUGGGUGGAAUUUGAAAUAGAUUGCACUGGCAACUGUGGUACUCCCUUUUAUGCAUUGAGGAAUUUGUGCGAUAGGGCCGAAGAAGGAACAUAUUGAUAAUGCACUGAGAGAAGGAACUGGUGAGGUUGGAUUGGGGGGGGGGUAGUAAUUUUCUAAUUUUUCAACCACUAUUUCAACCACUUUUGUUGAGUUUUUUGUGUGUUUGUUUUACUUGUGAUUUUAAUUAUGUUUUGGUGCCGUUUACUCAUGUUGACACUGUGCAAUGGCACCAAUGUAGGUGUCUACUGUAUCUAAGUUUGCGUCAUUACUGCCAUUUGGGAUGAAGCCCAAGUCAAGAGGGUUGAAAUGUGGUCCUUGAAACUCAAUCCCAAGGUGAGCGGACCUUGAACACUUGACCACUGCCUUUGGGUUGUAACUCUACUAGCCUGGUCUCAGAUCUCUCUUCCGGUUCAUCGACGAAAAGUGAAUACAUAGAGGGACUACUGUAUAAUAUGCUGGACUAUACUUAUUGCAUCAGACCGUUUUUCUGCUGAAUAGCUGCAUGAUAGGAAUGAGAGAAUGGCUUUUUGACAAUUGGCCGAUAUUAACCUGGGAACACUGUAACACUUAGAGUUACUAUUUACAAUGGUCAGUUAUGGUACUGUUUAAAAUGGCUUAUUGAGGACUUGUUAAUCUCCGCACCCAGAACCGAAUCAGCUACUCUAUUUUUAACAUUUUGAAACGUUUUGUUAUGAUAGAUGUUUGUUUAUUUUCAUUCAUUGCUUUAUAACUGAUUUAAAGGCACUGAUUUAAAGGUACAUUGAUUGGGGAAAUUGUAUGACCUUAUUUUCAAUGCCAAAAAGUAAACCUAAGCGUCCGACAAGGGAUAUAAACUGUAGAGUUGAUCGUACAAAUUUAAACGUCAUUCCCAAAAAAUGAAUUAUGUUCACAAAUGUCGGUUCAAAUCUAAUUGUAUUUGUCACAUGCGCCCAAUACAACAGGUGUAGAUCUUACAGUGAAAUGCUUACUUACGAGCCCUUAAACAACAAUGCAGUUUUAAGAAAAAUACAGAAAGAAAAAUAAGAAAGAAAUGUAACAUCAUUAAAGAGCAGCAGUAAAAUAGCGAGGCUAUAUACAGGCGGUACCGGUAUAGUAUCAAUGUGCGGGGGGCACCGGUUAGUCAAGGGAAUUGAGGAAAUAUAGACAUCUAGGUAGAUGUAAGAUUAGGGGGUCUAUUCAAUCCGCAUCACGGAAAUUCAGAUUUUCAGCGUGAUUGAAAUUUAAAGGCAAUGUUCCCGCUUUAUUCGAGGCUGCAUGUGUCGACUCAAUCGGAAAUUGCCUACACAUUUCUGUAGCGGAAUCUGUAACGCUUCAGUUUUACAGAUUGAAUAGAGCCCUAUGAUUUAUUUUUAUGCGUAUUCCACACCAGAGCAAUUUUUUUCUGUUCCUCAUCUGACAGAGGUCACUGAAACUGCCACUAAAUAUAAUUUGCACUCGAUUACAAAGUUUAGUUCGAGAAGAUACGCUUUGAGAGAGAGAGGUGUUGGAGUUAAGACAUUAAGACAAGUUAGUGAUGAUUUAAGACAAAAAUGUGAUAUCUUCUAGUGUUUACUUUUGCAAUUGAAUCCUCUAGUCCAUUAUAAAUGAUGCCUUCGUGUUAAACCCUAUGAGCAAAAAAAGAUGUCUUUCGACCAAUUUUGCUCACGAGGUAGCGUUACCUCCCAAAAGAAAACGUCUGUCAUGGAAAGUAUUACAAAAAAAUCGACUGCAUCUUCCAUAUUGUUUGUUUGUUUUAUACAUUUAUUUUAAUAUAUCUCUGUUAUUUAUUGAAAUGGUUUGAAUGUACAUACGAAUACAUAUAUAAAUGAUAUAUUUCCUGUACAUAUGGGCUUGUGUUCUGUCUGUCUGUCUGUUGACUGCUGCCUGACUAAUCGUGGGCUCUGUAUCUGAAAUGGCACCCUGUUCCCUACAUAGUGCUCUACUUUUGAUCAGGGUCUGAUUAAAGUAGUACACUACAGUAUGUAGGGAACACUGGGGUGCCGUUUCGGAUGCAGACCUGUUCUGUUGGCUGACAUACUCUGCUCUCGUCUUCUGCUCUGACGACCAACAUGACAUCAUGGUUCUAGCACCACUGCACUGCUUUUCAAAAUAAGCACCGUGAACUUUGAGUGAAGUUUUGCUUUACAUGCAACAGAUUGACCAAUAAAGUCCUCCCCUUUGUUUGUGCAUAAAGAA